ACAAAAGUAAACAGCUUUUAUAAGUUUCGUAUUUUUGUAAUUUUUGAAUAGUGCGUACAAUAAACGCUAGAAUUUCUGAAAAGAUAUCGCAUUCCUGAUGCUCAACAAUGGAAGUUGAUGACUCCAGCAAACCCCCGGUGAAACUGCCUCAGAAGCGCUUCUAUCGACAGCGGGCUCACUCCAAUCCCAUUGCUGAUCACAGUUUCGAUUACCCCGUCCGUCCGGAUGAUUACGACUGGAGCCAACAUUAUCCAACGAUUGGCGAUCGUCGGGUGGAAUUUGCCGAUAUCGGUUGCGGAUAUGGUGGUUUUCUAGUCACGUUGGGUGAGCUGUAUCCGGAAAAAUUUGCACUUGGGAUGGAAAUCCGGGUCAAAGUAUCCGACUAUGUGAUGGACCGCAUUGAGGCGUUACGAAAACUGCACGAAGGUAAAUACGGGAACAUUGCGUGCAUUCGAACGAAUGCGAUGAAGUACUUGGUAAACUAUUUCCGAAAAGGACAGUUGGAGAAGAUGUUUUUCCUUUAUCCGGAUCCUCACUUCAAAAAGGCAAAACACAAAUGGAGAAUUAUUAACGCUGCGCUACUCAGUGAGUAUAGUUAUGUACUGCGAGCGGGAGGUUUGAUUUAUACGGUGACCGAUGUGAAGGAUUUGCAUGAAUGGAUGUGCGCACACAUCACACGGCAUCCAUCUUUUGAACGGUUGAGUGACGCUGAGGUGAAGGAGGAUAUUUUGUCGGAAAAGUUGCUGGACAGUAGUGAGGAAGGUAAAAAGGUAACUCGCAACAACGGCGACAAGUUUGUAGCAAUCUUUAGAAGAAUUUAAUUGUUUCUAAAAACA